AUGUCCGAGAAAGACUUAGAGACUGGCACAGCCGCCAGGUCGCCAUCGCUCUCAAGUACAAGCCUUACAGAUGAAAUAACACACGCCCGGCGCUUUGCCGAACAAAGUGACCUGGAGAAGGUUUAUUCGAGGCACGAGGACAAAGACGUUGCUUUCGAGAUCGUGCCGACGACAGAUCCAAACGUGGUGAACUGGGACGGCCCUGACGAUCCAGAAAACCCAUUAAAUUGGCCUUCAAAGCGAAAAUGGACAAAUAUUGUCCUGCUAGCACUCAUCACUACUUUAACGCCGCUUGCAUCUUCAAUGUUUGCUCCCGGUGUACCGCAAAUGAUGGAUGAUUUCGACGAGAAAAGCACUGAUUUGGCAUCUUUCGCUGUGUCUAUCUACAUUGUUGGUUACGCGUUUGGCCCUCUUAUAAUUGCGCCGCUUUCUGAGCUCUACGGCCGUCUUUGGGUGUAUCACAUCAACAGCUUUCUGUUCAUCGCGUUCAAUAUAGGCUGUGCCAGAUCUACCAGCUUGUCCAUGCUCCUUGUUUUUCGUUUGUUGGCUGGUACCGUUGGCUCAUGUCCUGUCACCGUGGGCUCGGGAUCGAUAGCCGACACUUUUCGACAAGACCAACGUGGCUGGGUCAUGUCAGUUUGGACAUUUCCGAUCCUCUUUGGUCCCUCCAUCGGCCCAGUCAUGGGAUCCUAUCUAUCAGCCGCAGCUGGUUGGCAAUGGGCUUUCUGGUUUCUUGCCAUAGUUGGAGGCGUGAUGCUCAUCAUCGCCGCUUUCAUCCAGCGAGAGACCUAUCCUCCUAUUCUACUCGAGCGCAAGGUCCAACGACUGCGAAAAGAAACAGGCAACGACAAACUUCGAUCUGCAUUACAAUCGUCAAAAACUCCACGCCAACUAUUUCUCAUUUCAAUCGUGCGACCAACCAAAAUGUUGCUCUUCUCCCCAAUUGUUUUUGGCCUCUCCCUGUACAUCGCCGUCACGUAUGGGUAUAUGUAUAUCCUGAUCACAACGCUAACACCCGUCUUCCAUGAAUUGUAUGGCAUCAGCCUCAGCAAUGUCGGCCUCGUCUAUCUAGGCUUCGGAGUCGGCCAAUUCGUCGGACUCUUUGCAUUUGGUUUCUUCUCCGAUUCGUACCUCAAACGCCUUGCCAAAGGCGGCGAGAUGAAACCCGAAUACCGCCUGCCAUUACUCUGGCCCGGAGCGGUUCUGAUCCCUGUCGGCCUCAUCCUCUACGGCUGGAGUGCCCACUACCUCGUCCACUGGAUCGUCCCGAUCAUAGGCACGACUAUCCUCGGUCUAGGCUUGAUCACAGCCUUCAUGCCCGUGGGCACCUAUCUCGUCGAUGCGUACACCGCGUAUGCAGCCAGUGCCAUGGCGGCGAAUACUGUGCUGCGGAGCUUGGGCGGUGCGUUCUUGCCCCUCGCUGGCAGGCGGCUGUAUGCGACGCUGGGCAUCGGUUGGGGAAACAGUUUACUCGCUUUCAUUGCGUUGGCCAUGUUGCCCAUGAUGUGGGUUUUCGUCAAGCACGGCGAGCGGAUACGGACUCAUCCGCGAUUCCAGCUGAAUCUGUGA